UAUAUACGCUUUAUAUAUAUAUAUAUAUAUAUAUAGGCGCACUUGCCAGAACCAUGGAGAGUUCCUCUGUUUUCCGCGGAGUGCUGAUGGUCAGCCUGCUGGCCGUCCUUUGUCGCGGCCAGACGUCCCAGGAGGUUUCUGCUGAGGACUUGGAAGUGGACAGAAACGAACCAGCGGCAGACCGAGAACUGGUGGAAGCGCUGGAGGUUUUACUGGGCAAGGUGCAUAACCGGGUUUCCACGGAGAAGAGAGGCAGCAUCCCGCUGUGUGGGAUCGGCGACCGCUGUGCCAUGAAGUUCGGCCCACGGAUCGGAAAGCUCUGCGACUGCGGCAGAGGAGCCAACUGCAACUCCUACCUGCUCAAGUGCAUUUGAACGCCACUCGCCUGUAGGAAUCCUUAGUCGGGAUACACAGUCCAUUCCUAGCCUCCACAGGUUUUGACUUAUGUUACGCAUGGUUGUUUUUUUUUUGUUUUUUUUUCCCAUGAGGCAUGGAUGUGUGGCGAGUACACUUUACACGUUGCAUGUAAAUGCAUCACGUUCAAUAAAGAGACUUACCAUCAAGGUUGUUUGGAUUUGCUUGGG